AUGUGGUGUCGCUUCUCGGGAGGAGAAAGAGCCAAACUACGGGUUAUCCCAGACUGGAAGGAGCAGGAAUGGGACACGGAAAAGCCAGAAUCGUACGCGGGGAUUUUCCACUUCCGUUUCUGGCGUUUUGGGGAGUGGGUGGACGUGGUGAUCGACGACCGGCUGCCCACGGUGGACAACCAGCUGGUCUACUGCCACUCCAACGACAGCAACGAGUUCUGGAGCGCGCUGGUGGAGAAGGCCUACGCUAAGGUGUACGGCAUCUACGAGGCGUUGGACGGGGGAAACACGGCGGACGCUUUGGUGGAUUUCACUGGUGGAGUUUCAGAACCCGCAGACCUUCUGGAGGGUCAGAUGGCAACAGAUGAGGUCGCCAGAAACCAGCUGUUCGAACGAGUCCUAAAAGUUCACAACAGAGACGGAUUAAUCAGCUGCUCCAUCAGGGCGACCACGAUAGAGGACAUGGAGGCGCGGCUGGACUGCGGUCUGGUGAAAGGCCACGCCUAUGCCGUGACGGACGUGAAGAAAGUGAGGCUCGGUCACGGGCUGCUGGCCUUCUUUAAGUCAGAGAAACUGCACAUGAUCCGCAUGAGGAACCCCUGGGGAGAGAAGGAGUGGAGCGGACCCUGGAGCGACAGUUCGGAGGAGUGGAACAAGGUGAGCAAGAGUGAGAGAGAGAAGCUGGGAGUCACCGUGCAGGACGACGGAGAGUUCUGGAUGACCUUCGAUGAUUUCUGCCAGUAUUUCACGGACCUGAUCAUGUGCCGCCUCAUCAACACGUCGUACCUGAGCAUCCACAAAACCUGGGAGGAGGAAGUGAUGCGAGGAUCCUGGGUCCACCGUCAGGAUCCUCUGCGAAACCGAUCAGGAGGAUGCAUCAACCACAAGGCCAGCUUCCUGCAGAGCCCCCAGUACGUGUUCGAUGUGAAGAAGCUGGAGGACGAGGUUCUGAUCUGCUUACAGCAAAAAGAGAAGAGAGCCACCCCCAAAGACGGGAAAGGGGAAAACCUGGCCAUAGGAUUCGAUAUCCACCGGGUGGAGCUGAACAGGAAGUACCGGAUGCACUCGGCUCAGCAGAAAGUUGCCGGAUCGAUUUACAUAAACUCCCGCUGCGUGUUCCUCAGGAAGGAGAUGCAGGAGGGGCGAUACGUCAUCAUCCCCACGACCUUCGACCCCGGGCAGCAGGGAGACUUCCUGCUGAGGGUCUUCACUGAUGUGCCUUCAGACUGCAAAGAGCUGACUCUGGACGAGCCCCCUCAGACCUGCUGGACGGGGAUGUGUGGAUACCCUCAGCUCGUCACUCAGGUCCACGUGAUGAACGCUGAGGGUCUGCAGGGCCAGGACAACAACGGAGUUGUGGAUCCGUACGUGAUCAUCACCUGUGAAGGAGAGAGGGUUCGAUCGCCGGUUUAUAAGGACACUCGCUGCCCAAACUUCGACAUCAAAGGCCUGUUUUACCGCAAGAAACCCAAAGAAGGAAUCCACAUCGAGAUCUACAACAAGAACAUGAUCGUGGACACCUUCCUGGGUCAGGUGAUCCUGUUCAGCGACCCGAACGAGCGCCAGGAGAAUCAAACCCUCCACCUCCGAGACAAAGGCAGCCGUCAAGACAGCGAUCUGCCGGGAACGCUCACUGUGCGCCUCAUCACCUCCACGGCGCUCACAAACAUCUGACAAACCGCCAUCUUUGAUCUGAAUCCAACACCAAUCCAACAUCUGACAAACCGCCAUCUUUGAUCUGAAUCCAACACCAAUCCAACACCAAUCCAACAUCAAUCCAACACCAAUCCAACAUCCGACUAACCGCCAUCUUUGAUCUGAAUCCAACACCAAUCCAACACCAAUCCAACACCAAUCCAACACCAAUCCAACACCAAUCCAACAUCAAUCCAACACCAAUCCAACACCAAUCCAACACCAAUCCAACACCAAUCCAACACCAAUCCAACACCAAUCCAACACCAAUCCAACAUCCGACUAACCACCAUCUUUGAUCUGAAUCCAACACCAAUCCAACACCAAUCCAACACCAAUCCAACACCAAUCCAACACCAAUCCAACAUCAAUCCAACAUCCGACUAACCGCCAUCUUUGAUCUGAAUCCAACACCAAUCCAACACCAAUCCAACAUCAAUCCAACACCAAUCCAACAUCAAUCCAACACCAAUCCAACAUCAAUCCAACACCAAUCCAACACCAAUCCAACACCAAUCCA